AUGACCCCCAACCCGGUAGCGACGUUCCGUUCACAUACUGUCCCGACUAGCAGGACCCGUUGUAUCGUACUUGUGCCCGGUGUCUGCUUCGACGGCCGUAUUCCGGACACGGCCCAAUCUCAGCUACGAAAUGAUCGUCUGCAGAUCGACCUUCUGCGAGAGAGCGUUGCCAUUAUUGGACCCAGUCCUGGUUGCAAGUCUUCGCCGCCAAAAUUGGAGAUCCGAGAGUCUGUGCGGAGCGAAGGAAGACCAAGAGUGUUCGUGUGUCGCGGCAUCGAGCCAGUAGCAGUGACGUUGCUCUUGAUCCGUAUCGUUCGCUGA